AGCUGCGUCCUACCCUUCCACCAUUUUGAGAUUAGCACAUCUUACAACUAAUACCCAACGCGGCAAAGUUCAACGAUGACGGAUCAGCUUUGCAAACUUUUCGUCGGCGGUCUAAACGUUGACACCGACGACGAUGGCCUCCGCAAGCACUUCGAGCAGUACGGCUCCCUCACCGACUGCGUUGUCGUCGUGAACAAGCAGUUGCAGCGGUCCCGCUGUUUCGGCUUCGUAACCUACUCCUCGCCGGAGGAGGCUGACGCAGCAAUGGCGGCGAGGCCUCACACCGUCGACGGCAACGCGGUCGAAGUGAAGCGGGCCGUCGCGAGGGAAGACGCCAACAAGCCCGAGGCGCUCGCCAAGGUAAAGAAAAUCUUCGUCGGCGGCCUGAAGGACGACAUCGAGGAGGAGCACCUGACCGAAUACUUUUCGCAGUACGGGGAGAUCGAGAAGGCCGAAGUGAUCUCGGAGAAGGAGACCGGAAAGAAGCGAGGGUUCGGCUUUGUUUACUUCACCGACCACGACGCGGCAGACAAAGCCGUCGUGGUGAAAUUCCACACCAUCAAUGGACACAAGGUCGAAGUGAAGAAAGCCCUGACCAAGCAGGAGAUGCAGGCGGCCGGCAGACCCGGCAUGGUGCCGAGAGGCCGCGGCGGUAGGGGCAUGCGGGGAAAUCAAAAUGGCUAUGGCUACCCAUGGCCCACUGCGCCAACUCCAGAAUACCCAACGCGGCAAAGUUCAACGAUGACGGAUCAGCUUUGCAAACUUUUCGUCGGCGGUCUAAACGUUGACACCGACGACGAUGGCCUCCGCAAGCACUUCGAGCAGUACGGCUCCCUCACCGACUGCGUUGUCGUCGUGAACAAGCAGUUGCAGCGGUCCCGCUGUUUCGGCUUCGUAACCUACUCCUCGCCGGAGGAGGCUGACGCAGCAAUGGCGGCGAGGCCUCACACCGUCGACGGCAACGCGGUCGAAGUGAAGCGGGCCGUCGCGAGGGAAGACGCCAACAAGCCCGAGGCGCUCGCCAAGGUAAAGAAAAUCUUCGUCGGCGGCCUGAAGGACGACAUCGAGGAGGAGCACCUGACCGAAUACUUUUCGCAGUACGGGGAGAUCGAGAAGGCCGAAGUGAUCUCGGAGAAGGAGACCGGAAAGAAGCGAGGGUUCGGCUUUGUUUACUUCACCGACCACGACGCGGCAGACAAAGCCGUCGUGGUGAAAUUCCACACCAUCAAUGGACACAAGGUCGAAGUGAAGAAAGCCCUGACCAAGCAGGAGAUGCAGGCGGCCGGCAGACCCGGCAUGGUGCCGAGAGGCCGCGGCGGUAGGGGCAUGCGGGGAAAUCAAAAUGGCUACGGCAGCAGGGAGUACGGCGGAGGCUACAACUACGGAAAUGGCGGAGGCUACAAUGGCGGCGGUGGUGGUGGCUACGGCGGCGGUUACGGAGGUGGCGCGCCGUAUGGCGGCGGCUAUGCGGAUCAGGGGAGCUACGGUGGCGGAAACGGCUACAACGAGUUCGGCAGCGGCUACGGCCAGCACUCUUCUGGCUACGGCCCCAUGAAAGGGCCCCCCUUCGGCGGCCAGAGGAGCGCGGCUCCCUACAACAGAGGAGGCGGAGGCGGCGGUGGAUACCCACGGGGGGGCUAUGGUGGCGGCGGCUACUAAACGGGGUCGACGCGAAUUACCAACCGCCCCCCCCUCUACACCCUCAUCACCAUCACCACCCCUCCCCCAUCUGCCCUCAAGCCAGGCUUUGGACGCCAAAAUCUAAUUCGGUAACGGGGCGUCUGCCGUGAAAUCCAACAAUGGCAGCGAUACGGACAGAGACCCCCCUAAUCACCAGACCUCAGACCCCCAAACAGGUAGGAAGGUCACUUCCCAGAAAAAGCCUGAUAAUAACGAGCAGAAGUUUGCCGUUCAACUAGGACACAUUUAACUGAAGAAUAAAGCAGCGAUCCCCUUUUUUAUUAUGUAACGUUACCCACGCCAACGCGUGGUUAGUUAGUCGUUUAUAGUUGAAAUAUUUUUUAUUUGCGUUCACUUUGUUUUUUUUGCAAAUUUCGAUGUAGGAUUGUUUUGCUGAUUAUCCUAAUAUUUUAAGCAAUUACGGCUCGUUUUUGGUUUUCUGGAGUAAACCUAGUGUGAUUUCAAUGUAUGAGGAUGAGAAAGCAUGUUUUGUGGAAUUCAGAGCUUGUUUUACUGAUAACAUCAACUUGUAUGAUUUAUUAUCCUUGAGUCGGCUGUGGCGGGAACGUGAUACUGCAGGAUCCAGUUUCCUUGUCCUCCCCCACCCUGUACUCAAACUCUCCUCACGCAUAGUGAUAGUUUCGGUAUUGUUCAUUUCUUACCUGUAGCAAUAUCUAAUGUAUAUUGUAUACUUUCAUGUCUGGCGAACACAACCUACUGUUAAAAAAAACACUUUGGUAUGCUUAUGUAUGUUCAUUUUAAAUAAAACGUUAUACCACUUA